GACUCAGUCUCGGUGUCGGUGUCAAGAGAAAUCUUGUAAAUAAAUCUGCCUUCCUUGGCUUUCUAAUAGGGGAUCCAGGUUUAGAAUGAAGGUUAUAUCUUCUACAGUCUUGUUUCUCUCACUGGUAGCUGCUGUCAUCAGCACUUCACAAGAAAGUUCUACACCAGCUCCCUCAGCUACUCCAGUCCCUGCCUGUACCAAUGGAAAGAGAUACACAGAGUGUGGUACUGAGUGUCCAUUGACAUGUGAGAACAAAGACAAGAACAUUGUAUGCCCUGAUGUGUGUGUUGCUGGCUGCUUCUGUCCUACUGGAAUGGUUCUACAUAAUGGUGUCUGUGUCGAACCAUCUCAAUGCCCUAGCAACACUCCUACAUGUACCAAUGGAAAAAGCUACACAGAGUGUGGUACUGAGUGCCCAUUGACAUGUGAGAAUAAAGACAAGCACACUGGAUGUGCUGAUGUUUGUGUUGCUGGUUGCUUCUGUCCUACUGGAAUGGUUCUACUCAAUGAUGCCUGUGUUGAACCAUCUCAAUGCCCUAGCAACACUCCUACAUGUACCAAUGGAAAGAGAUACACAGAGUGUGGUACUGAGUGCCCAUUGACUUGUGAGAACAAAGACAAGAACAUAAUUUGUCCUUUGGUUUGUGUGGCUGGUUGCUUCUGUCCUACUGGAAUGGUUCUACUCAAUGACGCUUGUGUUGAGCCAUCUCAAUGUCCAGUCAGCAACACUACAACAACAUCUACUCCAACUGUAGCUUCUACUAUUAAGGCUCCAUAUGUUGAGCCCCCAAUGAGUUGCCCAGCAAUAGAUAAGAGAGGUGCUUGCAUAAUAGAGGCAGCUUGUGCUGAGAAUGCUGACACUACGUGUGACUCUGGGAAGCUCUGCUGCUCUAAUGGCUGUGGUACAGUCUGUACUACUGGUCUGUUACCAAGCCCACUGUGUACUGCUGUUAAACUUAAAGCUACUAAUAGUUCCAGUGGCCUAUUGGGUGCAUACAUACCACAGUGUAAAGAGAAUGGAGACUUUUCAGAGAUACAGUGUCAUGAAGGAUAUUGCUGGUGUGUUGAUGUAAAGACUGGUAAAGCAACUACACAACCAGCAAGAUCACACCCAGUCUGUAAUGCAACAACUACUACUGCCGUUACUUGCAAGUCUGGUGGUAAUACCUAUGCUGUUGGUGAUAGUUUUAAAGCUACUGAUGGUUGCAAUACUUGUCAUUGUACUAGCACUGGAGUAGCUGCCUGUACUAUGAUGGCUUGCUUACCACCACAUACCACUACAUCUCCUCCAGCUAUUACUGCUCCAUACAUUGAUCCUCCAUUAAUGUGUCCCAAUGUCACUGGUAAUGUUGGAUUAUGUGCUAUUGAUUUAGCUUGUACUGGUACUACUAACCGCACAUGUGACUCUGGUUCACUAUGCUGCUUCAAUGGCUGCAGUAGAGUGUGUACUACUGGUGUGACACCAAGCCCACUGUGCUCUGCUGUUAAACUUAAAGCUACUAAUAGUUCCAGUGGCCUAUUGGGUGCAUAUAUACCACAGUGUAAAGAGAAUGGAGACUUUUCAGAGAUACAGUGUCAUGAAGGAUAUUGCUGGUGUGUUGAUGUAAAGACUGGUAAAGCAACCACACAACCAGCAAGAUCACACCCAGUCUGUAAUGCAACAACUACUACUGCCGUUACUUGCAAGUCUGGUGGUAAUACCUAUGCUGUUGGAGAGAGUUUUAAAGCUACUGAUGGUUGCAAUACUUGUCAUUGUACUAGUACUGGAGUAGCUGCCUGUACUAUGAUGGCUUGCUUACCACCACAUACCACUACAUCUCCUCCAGCUAUUACUGCUCCAUACAUUGAUCCUCCAUUAAUGUGUCCCAAUGUCACUGGUAAUGUUGGAUUAUGUGCUAUUGAUUUAGCUUGUACUGGUACUACUAACCGCACAUGUGACUCUGGAAAACUCUGCUGCUCUAAUGGCUGCAGUAGAGUGUGUACUACUGGUGUGACACCAAGCCCACUGUGCUCUGCUGUUAAACUCAAAGCUACUAAUAGUUCCAGUGGCCUAUUGGGUGCAUACAUACCACAGUGUAAAGAGAAUGGAGACUUUUCAGAGAUACAGUGUCAUGAAGGAUAUUGCUGGUGUGUUGAUGUAAAGACUGGUAAAGCAACCACACAACCAGCAAGAUCACACCCAGUCUGUAAUGCAACAACUACUACUGCCAUUACUUGCAAGUCUGGUGGUAAUACCUAUGCUGUUGGUGAUAGUUUUAAAGCUACUGAUGGUUGCAAUACUUGUCAUUGUACCAGUACUGGAGUAGCUGCCUGUACUAUGAUGGCUUGCUUACCACCACAUACCACUACAUCUCCUCCAGCUAUUACUGCUCCAUACAUUGAUCCUCCAUUAAUGUGUCCCAAUGUCACUGGUAAUGCUGGAAUAUGUUCUAUUGAUCCAGCUUGUACUGGUACUACUAACCGCACAUGUGACUCUGGUUCACUAUGCUGCUCUAAUGGCUGCAGUAGAGUAUGUACUACUGGUGUGACACCAAGCCCACUGUGCUCUGCUGUUAAACUCAAAGCUACUAAUAGUUCCAGUGGCCUAUUGGGUGCAUACAUACCACAGUGUAAAGAGAAUGGAGACUUUUCAGAGAUACAGUGUCAUGAAGGAUAUUGCUGGUGUGUUGAUGUAAAGACUGGUAAAGCAACCACACAACCAGCAAGAUCAAAGCCAGUCUGUCAUUCCACUACUACUACUGAUUCCUCUGAUUCAACAUCUUCACUACCUGACUAUUGUAAGCUCUCUCCUGUUGUUGGGAACUGCAGAGGCAGUAUCCCGUCCUAUUUCUAUAACUCAACCUCAUCAAAAUGCGAGAGUUUCACAUACGGUGGAUGUGGUGGCAAUGAUAACAGGUUCAGCACUCAACUGGCCUGUCUGGAAGCAUGUGCUGGUGUUGUAGUAGAGCUACCCUCAGUACCAGCCAACCUCUCUCACGUUGACAUGUGUCCAACUCCUGAUCCAUCCCAGUCAGUCGUUGGAGCUUGCGAAGAAGAAUGUUCCGCCGAUUCCUCUUGCGAAGAAACAGAGAAGUGUUGCUCCAAUGGAUGUGGUCAUUCCUGCACGACCUCAACCUCCAUACCUUACUAUAAGCCUCCGAUGAGUUGUCCUCCCAUUAAUCCUAUUCUUGGGGUUUUCUGCUCCAUUGAUUUUGGUUGUAAGAGUCACGCCGUCUGCCAAGAGGACGAGUUAUGCUGUCCGACUGGCUGUGGGUCUAUGUGUAUGAAAGGAGUCAAGCCUACACCUCUUUGCCCUGCAGUUGUGAAUAGCACACAGAGCACAAAUGGCCUGCUUAUAGGUGCUUAUACACCACAGUGUGAUGCUAAAGGCGAUUUCAGCAGUGUACAGUGUCAUGGGUCUACUGGUAUGUGCUGGUGUGUGAACACAACCACUGGGAAGCCAACAUCAUCACCUGUCAUGCACCAGCAGCCAGAAUGUGACGUUGAAGGACUCAAUUGUAACGGUAUAAUGUGUGACUGGCCCAACUGUGGUGAUGGCAUUAAACCAAUCAGUGAUGACAAGCACUGCUGCCCUUACUGUCCACCUCCUUCUAGUACUUCUUGUACUAUCAAUGGUGUUUCUCAUCCUAAUAAUAGCACAUUCACUGCUCCUGAUGGUUGUAACACAUGUCAUUGCACUAAUGGUGUAACUGGUUGUACAAGAAUGUUAUGUCCCCCCUGUGUAGUUGAUGGUGUUAGUCAUGCUAGUGGUUCAUCCUUCACUGCCCCUGAUGGUUGCAAUACUUGUACUUGCUAUAAUGGAAUGGCUGCCUGUACUGAGAUGGCUUGUCCUCCUUGUAAUGUCGGUGGUAAGAAUUAUGCAAGUGGGACUAAUUUUAAAGCUCCUGAUGGUUGUAACACAUGUUUCUGUUCCAAUGGUAUUGCUGUGUGUACAGAGAAAGCUUGCUUGCCUGUCUGUUCUGCUGGUAAUAUGAGCAUACCUGAAGGUCGCACAAUCAAUGAUGGUUGCUCUGUUUGCUCUUGCAAAGACCUUAAGAUCACUUGCACUAAAUCUAAAUCUUGUCAUAAUCCUAUCACUAAAGUUUUGAAUGUCACAAUGAGGUUCACUGGUGAUUACGAUAGUCUUACAGCCAACCCAAGCUCCUUCAAGCUAAUGAUAAAGGAGAGUCUUGUGGCUAAGUACGCCUCUAAGACCGGCUUACAGAAGUCACAGAUAAAAGCCAUUUACCUCUCAAGAGGAAGUGUCAUCAUUACUGUCACUCUGAAGGAUGGAUCUGAUAGUGCCAAUGUCACUCAUCUCCUCAUACAAAUGGAACAAGAUUACAAGAACAAGACACUAGUUAUAAUAUAUCAGAACACUACUCUAACACCAACUGGUGACUUCCAUUACAGUCAGUCUGGCUCUACAAGUGAGCUUGAUAACAAUGGAGGAGACAAGGAGUCUGAUGAUGAUGGAGGCAUGUUCUUCUGGAUAUAUGUGUCUGCUGCUGGCCUCUUGUUUGUUGUUCUCAUUGUAUUAGCAGUUCUUACCAUUUUUGCUUUCAAGAAGAAAAAUCAACACCAAUUCCGACACCAUCGUCUGCCAAUGGCUGACGUACAUAAUGAUGAAGUUUCUUUUGUAAAGGGUUACAAGCCCAUGACCAUUCAAAUGGAAACGAUAUAACCAAGCAAAGCUGGCUGCUGUAAUACUGCUGCUUUACUAAACUGAACCCCAUAACAUUAUUAUAUUGUGUUGUGUGUUUUUAUAUUGCAAUCUCUUCUGUAUUAUAUCACUAUCUAUAUCUAUUGUAGUGCUCAUUAUUAUUUUUCUAGUAGUUGCUACUUGUUGUUUCAAAAAAAAAACAAGUUUCAAAAUCA